GUUCAUGGGAAGGUGCAAGCCUUAAAAGAGAAAACUCUGUGAACAGUCUGUAAACAUGGUCAACUCUACCUUUGGAUAGCUUUCUUCUUUGUUAGCCUUAACUUUGGUCAGUUAUCCCUUGUGUUAGCUUUCCCUUUGGUUAGCUUUUCAUUGGUUAGUUUUCACUUUGCUUGGCUUUUUAUUGGUUAGCACAUUGGUUAGCUUUCCUCUAAAUUUGUUUUUUUCUAUCCUAGCUACCGAUAUUUCAGAAAGAAUGAUAUAAGAUGAAAGGUGGUGUAUAUAAGGGUGUUAGAAGCCUGGUUUCUCAGAUCCGGUCUCAACCCGAGAUCCUUACUCCAACCAUCCAUAGUGCGAGUCAGAAUGCGUGGUAUGGAGGUAAAGCUCCAUCUGAACAAUCCAUGUACAGUAAACAUGAGAAAAGAGAGUUUAUGGCAGUAUUUCCAGAUUUGAACAGGGAUCUUUCAUUCUCCGUAAUACCUGAGGAUUUGAGACCUCUGUUGUCGAAACAUUUAACUAAGUGUAUCCAGUACAAUGUACCAGAUGGGAAGAAGAACCGAGGUUACUCAGUCCCAGCAUCAUUCAGAUUACUCGCCAGCAAACAAGAUCUAACAAGUGAAAAUAUCAGGUUGGCGAAUAUCCUGGGAUGGACAGUAGAGUUUCUACAGGCAUUCUUCUUAGUUAGUGAUGAUAUAAUGGACCACAGUGAUACCAGGAGGGGCAAGAAAUGCUGGUAUAAGCUGGAUGGUAUUGGGAUGACUGCGUUCAAUGACUCUAUCCUCCUAGAAACCUGCGUAUACUCGAUACUCAAGAAAUAUUUCAGACACAAACCUUACUAUCCGGAAUUGUUGGAACUGAUGCAUGAAACUACCCACAAAACAGCCAUGGGUCAGGAUCAUGACCCAGAAAGAUUUAUAUUUGUUCUUCAGGCUAUUGUGACUUACAAGACGUCCUACUACUCCUUCUACCUACCAGUGGUGCUGUCGAUGCGUAUGGCGGGGGUUACUGAUGAAAGCCUCUACACAAUGGCUUCAAGAAUUUUGUUAGAGAUGGGUCAUUUCUUCCAGGUCCAAGAUGACUAUUUGGAUUGCUUUGGCGACCCUGAGGUGACCGGGAAGCUAGGAACAGAUAUACAGGAUGGUAAAUGCUCCUGGUUGAUCACUGUAGCAAUGCAAAGAGCUGGUUCAGAGAAUAAGAGGGAACUAGCACUCAAAUAUGGGAGUUCUCUUCCUGAAGAUGUUGCCUGGGUCAAGAACCUGUAUAACGAAUUAUGGAUUCCGAAGGUGUACAGUAAGUUUGAAGAGGAGUUCCAUGAAGAUAUUCUCGAUCAUAUUCAGAAGAUCCAUGGAGAAACUCUCCCACAAGCGGUGUUCCACAGAUUCCUGGACCGUAUUUACAAACGAACCAAGUAAACAAAUCUCGUGUGUAAAAUUGUAUUUAUUUUAUGUCUGAUGCUCAAAAUGUUGAACCGGGGGUAUUUAUUUUUUUUGAAAUAAUUUUCGAUGCGCGUGGGUGGAGGGAAUACAAAUUGUUUAAGCAUAUGAAUACUUAUUUUUAAAAAGCUAUUUUAUAUUUUCCCAAAAAUCAUUUUUUACAAAUCCCUUGAAUAAAGUAUUAAAU